GGCCGAGACUGCGAGCGGGAGCCAUGGGGAAGAUACCGGCCUUGGGACUGGGUACCUGGAAGGCUGCUCCCGGAGAAGUGACGGAGGCGGUGAAGGUGGCAAUAGAUGUGGGGUACCGGCACUUUGACUGUGCGUACUUCUACCACAAUGAGAGCGAGGUGGGAGCAGGGAUCCAACAUAAGAUCAAGGAGGGCGUGGUGAAGCGGGAAGACCUGUUUAUCGUCAGCAAGUCUCCACAUCAAGGAUGGCUCAAAAGGAUGGCUUCUUUUCUUGUUUUCAAGCCUGGGGAAAAAGACUUGCCUUUAGAUCACAAUGGCAUGGCAAUACCCAGUGAGACGGACUACCUGCAGACGUGGGAGGCCAUGGAGGACCUGGUGUUCACAGGGCUGGUGAAAUACAUCGGGGUGUCGAAUUUCAACCAUGAACAGCUCGACAGACUUCUGAAUAAGCCUGACUUGAGAGUCAAGCCAAUAACCAACCAGAUUGAGUGCCACCCAUAUCUGACUCAGCAGAAUCUGAUUAAGUUUUGUCAAUCCAGAGACGUCUCCGUGACUGCUUACCGUCCUCUUGGUGGUUCUUGUGCGGGGGUUGAUUUGAUGGAUGACCCUGUGAUCCAGGCAGUCGCACAGAAGUACAAUAAGUCUCCAGCUCAGAUUCUGAUCCGAUUUCAGGUCCAGAGGGGUGUGAUAGUGAUUCCCAAAUCUGUCAACCCGGGAAGGAUUCAAGAGAAUAUCCAGGUGUUUGAUUUUGAAUUAGCUGAACAGGAUGUCAGUGACCUCCUCUGCCUGGACAAAGAUUUCCGAAUGGCCAGAUUCCCCAUCCCAGAAAAAUUGGCAUGUGUGGCGCCAUUGCCCCUCCAGAAAAUGCUUGCUUCCACCCUGCUUCUUCAAGGGACUCCACUUGAUUGGCAGAGGCGGCCCUGGCCGGUAAUGGGAGUAGCACACUCUGACCUGGAAGGGUGCCUGUGCGAAGCAGCCUAGCGCUCGGAUAAUUCUGGAGAAUUCAGAGGAGUCUGAGGGUUUCAAUAAGUUAAUGAAAGAAAGUCACGAGAGCACUGAUACUGUGUGAGACUCUGUCUAAAACUAUUAGUGAUUGUGUAUUUGUGGGUGGCAUUCUAAAAAGAAUAAAGGAUAUUCAUA